AUGGAAAUUUCACGCGAUAAAGGCCUUAGUACAAAAAUUGGGGAGGAGAAUGUUGGCUUCAAGCUUAUGAUGAAAAUGGGAUUCAACCCUAGUGGUGGCUUAGGAAAGCAUGCUGAAGGCCGGUCUGAACCAAUUCCGAUCGAGAUUGUGGAUGGCCGAGCCGGUUUAGGUCUUCAUAAUAUUCGUCAGAAACGAAGUAAAAUGAGAGAGCAACGCCAGGAAAAUAUGGAAGCAUUCCAGCACCAGUUCCGUGAUUCAAUGGCUGCUCGUUUCAAGAUGGAAAAAGCACAACGCCAGCUAAAUGCCGCAAGAGGUAUAUGCAAACAGUUAGAUUUAUCUAAAAACAGAGAAAAACCCGCAUCGGACGAUUUUUGGCCACCCGAUGAUAUCAAAGCACAACUUUUGGCGCAGUCUUCUCUCAUAAGGAAAGAGGUAUGCCGGCCUAACCGACCAAAACGUCACCAUAAACGUCUACGAUCGGAAUCGCCUGAGCAUUUGAAGGAGGAUGAGACUGUAAACUCAUCUAAUGGAUACGAAUCACCUGACGUUCCUUCCAGCGCCUCUGAUGAUGAAUUGUGUGAUAUUGAUGCUGCCCAGUAUGGGCCAGUCGAAAAAAGGUCCAAGAACGCACCAAAUAUGCAGUUGGCAGCUGAUGUGACACUGUCUUCUUGUAAAUGCAAUCCCGUUAGCCGAGGCUGCAUGCUGUUUUCACCAGCCCUUAAUUCUGGUUUUACAGCCCUUCAUAACACCAUCGGCUAA